AUCCAUGCAAAAGAGGUUUGUGUUUCUGCUAUCCCACAGCACACAUCUUCCUCUUUCGAGAAAUUGGCCAUAACAAGGGGAAAUUACCAUGAAGUUGCUUUGUGGAGAUGAAUUAGGACAAUUAAAAUUAAUUGAAUUGAAAAAGGGAAUUGACGCUUCAAAUCCAGAAUCGGAGGCUCCCAGGAUUCAACGUUUUGGAACCUUAGAUAAAAAGAAUGGAGUCUUAUUUUUCUGUGAGAACGAAAAUUAUGUCUAUGUCGUUCGUAAAAAUGCUACUAUAGAGUGCUGGGAUUUGAAGAAAGAGCCCCCAGUUCUUGUCAGCUUAUGGCAAUUGGAUGAAAAGCUGAUAGAAAAUGCAUCCAUUGUUUCCUUUCAAUAUGCUCAUGGAUGGCUUAUGAUCGCUUUGAGUAGCGGAACAAUCUUGUUCCGAAAUCCAGAAUUAGGACAAGUACGAAAGAUUAUGGUUUCUUCACCGUUGUCCUGUGCUACCUUACAUCCUCGAAUUGCUGGUGUUGUUGCUAUAGGAGGAGAAGAAAACGAUGUUUCUAUAUAUACCUGCAAUCCUAGUUGCACUUCUUCUAUUGACUUGUCAACAUUAUGGGAGCCAAGCAAGGUUGUUCGUCUUUUUCAAGGAAAAAAUGUAAAAAAUAAUGCCUUAGAUCUUCGGGUUCGCGUUUGGGUUACAGGUAUUGUUUUUACGGAAGAACUCUUCAACGCCAUUGAUGGCAAAAGUGAAGAUGAUUCAGCUCCAGCUUUUCAUUUCGCUACCAUAACUCAUUAUGGGCAGCUGAGAUUUUAUUAUACUAAGCAGGCUCGACGACCAGUCUACAGUACGGACAUCUCUACAUCUGAACUCAACCAUGUUGGCAUUUUACCUUCUGUGAAUAUGUUAUAUUUUUCCGAUAAGCGUGCUCAGGUCAUUGUUUUUGACCCUAUAAAGAAGAAGACUGUGGGACGUUUUCAAGGUGUUAAAGGCUCUGCUUCUAGCAUUCACAACCUUAAUGACCUCGUCGCUAUUGUAGGUCUCGACAGACAUCUUCGAGUUUAUGAUGUUCAUCGUAAUCAUCUAGCUAACGCUUACGUUAAAGUAAUGCCUACUAGUGUUUUGCUACUGAAUGAUCGUGAUGAAGAAGUUAUCAAGGAAGAAGAAGAGAAGCGUGUUGCGAAAGAAGAAGAAGAAGAUAUAUGGCGUAAUAUGGAGCAAUUGGACGACAAGGAAGAGAAAAAGGAUGACAGAAAGACAAAAAAGCAAAAAAGAUCGUAAAAAUGGGUUUUUGGAGGUAGGGAAUGUAUUUAAUAAAAUAUACUAUGGUUUUUGGAA